AUAAAAUAAGCAAAUCGCUGUAUAGCCACAUCAGUUCAUCCAAGUGCAUUAAUAAAUAAUAAUGAACGCUCAGUUGUUUGCUGUUCUCUUAGUAGCAGUCAUUGCUGCUGUAUCAGCUGUUCCAGUAUUAAACCAGCAGGAGGGGGAGGUCUUAAUAAGACAAAGAAGGCAAGGUCCUCAAGGCUUUGGGGCAGGUGGUGCCAAUGGGAAAGUUCAAGGGGGAGGUGUAGGCUUCCAAAAUCCAAACGGUUCAGGUGGAAGUGUUUCCUAUGGACAUGCCAACGGUUACGGUCACAAUGUGGGCGUAGAUGCCAAAGUGCCAGUGUGGUCAAGCAAGAACCGAUUUGGAGAAUCCACUUUGAAUGUGGGAGGGGGAGCCACCCAACAUUUCGGGGGCCCUGGAGGGAAUCAGAACCUGGACAAGAGGGUCGGCGCUAGUUUUAACCACCGGUGGUGAAAACCGUCUUUUAAUUGUGAUUUAUUAGGUCUGAUUAUGAAUAAAUUUAGAUUUUAUUCAAUCUA